UGAGCCUUCUCUUAUUGUUAAUCAUCAUCAUCAUCAUCAUCAACAUCCAAUGGAGUUGAAGAAUGAUAAGCUAAUGAAGUACAACUCUUUGCCAGAGUACUUGAAGGACAAUGAGUACAUCUUAGAUCACUACAGACCAGAAUGGCCAUUGAGACAAACAAUCCUCAGCAUCUUCUCCAUCCACAAUGAAACUCUUAAUAUUUGGACGCACUUGAUAGGAUUCUUCUUCUUCCUCAUCCUCGCCAUUCUCACUGCUGCCAUGAUACCAAGAGAUAUUCAUGCAUUCACAAUCACAAGGAUUGAAGAACUAAUCAUCCCAUUAAACACCACCACUACCAAUCCAUAUGUUCUAAUGAGCACCAUGAUAUCACCAAUACUAAAAAGACCGAUAACCCGGUUUCCCUUUUUCACCUUUCUCUUCGGUGCCAUGUUCUGUCUACUAACAAGCAGUCUUUGCCAUCUCCUGAUCAGUCAUUCUGAGAAAAUUGCAUACAUUAUGCUAAGACUAGAUUACAUUGGAAUUGCAUCUCUAAUUAUCACCUCAUUCUACACUCAAGUGUUCUACAGUUUCAUAUGUUUUCCCUUUUUCUUCAACCUCUACAUGAGCUUCAUCACCGUCUUCGGUGCGGCCACCAUCGUCAUCUCACUCCUUCCAAUCUUCCAAACUGCUCUGUUUCGCAACGUAAGGGCCAUGCUAUUUUUUUCCAUGGGAGUGUCUGGAGUUGUGCCUAUAAUGCAUAAGGUAAUAGUCUUCGGUGAUCGGCCAGAGGCGAUGUUAUCAGCAUGGUAUGAGUUGCUUAUGGGGGUUUUUUAUGGUCUCGGAGUCAUCAUCUAUGCGGCGAGGGUGCCGGAGAGGUGGAUUCCGGGUAGUUUUGAUCUUGUUGGCCAUAGUCAUCAGCUAUUUCAUCUCUUAGUUCUUGCAGGAGCAUACACUCACUACCUUGCAGGUCUUGUUUAUCUCAGUUGGAGAGAUGUUGAAGGUUGUUAGUAUGUUAUAUAUAUAUAGUUGU